ACCUCACCUCACCUCCGACCAUCCCCCACCACCUCAACCUCGCUAUUUCAGCAUCCACGCUCCUUCUCCCUCCGCCAGAAAACCAAAUCUCCCAAUCUCCAAAGCCCAGAACAAACAUAUACCAGUGCUCAAAAAAAUAAAAGACGGAAAUCAUCGAGGACAAAUCCACCAAGAAAACAAGAAACCAUGCAAGACACCACCAAACCAAACAAAUACGCCAUCCACGAAGCCUGCCGCGAAGGCCACCUCCAAACCGUCGAAUCCCUCCUCUCAGCCUCCCCAAAGCUAACCCUCGUCACGGACCCCGACUCCCGCCUACCCCUACACUGGGCAACGACAUCCGCCUCGCUCGCCAUCGCAACGCUACUCCUCCAACACACGCCCUCCCUCGACACACACAUCGACGCGAGCGACAGUUCCGGCUGGACAGCACUAAUGAUCGCAUCCUCCUUACCCUCAUCCUCGGGCCUACCACUAGCAUCGCUCCUACUAUCCCGCGGCGCAGACCCCAACGCGAAGAGCCACGGCGGCCAAACAGCGCUGCACUUCGCAGCGUCCAAGGCGAAUCUCGACGUGAUCCGCGCGCUGCUGGACGGCGGAGCGUCGGCGCGGAUCCGGGAUCGCCGCGGGCAGCUGCCGUUGCAUCGCGCUGCUGCGGUCGGGAGUGUGCCUGUUUUGAGGGAGUUGCUGGGGAAGGGGAAGAGCGCUGUUGAUGUUGCUGACGCGGAUGGCAUGACGGCGCUGCAUCAUGCGGUUUGCGAGGGCCAUGGGGAUGCGGCGCUGUUUUUGGUCGUGGGGGGCGCCGCGGAUGCCGGGAAGAGGGAUGGGGAGGGGAGGACGGCGUUGGAGUGUGCGCCUGAUGCUAAGACUGGGGAGUUUUUGGUCAGGGGUGCUGAGAGGGAGGGUGUGGAUUUGGUUUAGGGGUGGGUUUUGUGGAUUCUUCUCUUUUUUUUGUCGUUGGAUGAUGUGCAUACUUAAGAUACCCCCCCUUUGGCGUUUUUUGAUUUGAAUUUUGGUAGGGUAUGAAAUGUAGUGUACGAAAUAUACUCGGGGGAGGAUGAACACGAGGACUUGGGAGAUGAGAGUCACAACACGUUUGCUUCUCUGUCUUUCUUUUUGUUCCACUUUUUUUCAUCUUCCAACAAACGCAACCAUCUCAUCAUUCCAAACCCCCCCUCCCGAAGGAAGAACAAAACACCCUUCUUUUUGACAUGUUACUGCAUCCUUCCACCUCACAUCAGUUCCUUGGUCUCACUCGCG